AUGAUGCGUUCUUGGAAAGCGUCUAAAGUUCUUAGAUCCGAGUUCCCGGCGCCUUGGCGUGGUCCAGAAGAGCGUCUUAAAACGUUUUUACAUCCUUCGCGUGUCCCAAAAAAGUCUCUGAUAUAUCUUGAUAUCUUAACCCUUUGGCCGUCCAGUACCAGAAGGGGCGUCUUGGAAGACGUCUUAAUUCUUAAAUUCCUUUUGUCGUGUCAGAAUAGCCUUUUAGUAAAACCGGAUAUAAUCCUUACCACUGAUAUAUCAAGGUCCACAAAUCUUGUAGCAUCUAAGGAUAUAAACAUAGUAACUCGUUACUUCAUUGAUGGCGAGAGUGGGUAUCAAGCAACUGUUAGUGAAGAAGAAGGCCCAAACAUAGCUAACUUCUACUCAAACAGUCAAGAUUUACCUGUCACAAAUUUGCUCAGUCAAAUAAGCCAGCAAGCCGUUAGCUCUCAACAGAACUUUAACUCUCAACAAAGUUCUGGUUCUCAGCAGAGCUUUGGGUCACAGUUUACUGGUUCUACGUCACGUCAAACUUCAACCAGUUUUAGCCAGUCACAAUCAAGUGGACUAGUGACAGGAUCCAAUAGAUUUAGCCAGACAGGAUCCGGGAUUGCCAGCCCAACAGGAUUAAGUGGUCAGCGUUUGAGUGGAUUAAGUGGCAUCUCUCAAACUGGCUCAGCAAACCAAUUCAGUCAGACAGGCACCCUUGGUCAACGUGUUACUGGAUCAAAUACCUUCAGUCAGACAGGUUCAGGUGGGGAUCAAAGUGGUCAGCGUGUGACUGGAUCCACCAGCUUCAUUCAGACUAGUUCAAAUGGCCAAGUGGGGCUGGUCCAGCUAAGCUUCAGCCAGUCAGGAUCAAAUGGUCAGCGAGUGACUGGAAUCAACUCAGCUUCUCUCAGGCCAGGAGGCAAGUGGUCAGCAGACUGGAUCAGCUGGCUUCGGAUCAAAGUGGCCACGUGUGACUGGCUCAUCUUUUUGGCCAAUCCGGAAUCAAGUAGUCAGUUUUCUGGAGAGAUAGGAUCAGGCUUUCAGCCCAGGCUGGUGGAUCAGUGGUCAGCGAGUGGCUGGAUCAACCAGCUUCUCAGGCAGGAGCAAGUGGUCAGCAGAUUGAGAUCAGCUGGCUUUCGGAUCAAGUGGUCAGCGUGUGACUGGCUCAUCUUUUGGCCAAUCUGGAAACAAGUGGUCAAUUGUCUGGAUCAGCUGGCUUCACCCAGACUGGGGUCUAGUGGUCAACGUGUGACUGGAUCAACUGGUUUCAGCCAAGCUGGAUCAGGCAGUCAGCGUGUGACUGGGUCAACCACUUUCUCUCAAGCAGGAGCAAGUGUUCAGCGUUGGUCAGCGAGUGACUGGUCAACCACUUUCUCUCAAGCAGGAGCGAGUGGACAGCGUGUAAGUGGUUCAAGUGGUUUCAGCCAAUCUGGUUCAAGUGGUCAACUGUCUGGAUCAGCUGGCUUCACCCAGACUGGUUCUAGUGGUCAGCGAGUGACUGGGUCAACCACUUUCUCUCAAGCAGGAGCAAGUGGACAGCGUGUGACUGGUGCCACUGGCUUCAGGCAGUCUGGAUCAGCUGGUCAAUUGACUGGAUCAGCUGGCUUCACCCAGACUGGUUCUAGUGGUCAGCGUGUGAGUGAUCAACCCACAGUUCAGCCAAGCAGGCAGCAAAGUGGUCAGCGUGUGAGUGGUUCACAAAUUGGUAUUCAGCAAGUCUGGUUCAAGCGGACAACCUGUCUGGAUCAGCUGGCUUCAGCAGACGCAGGAUCGGUUCACACCUUUACGCCAAUCUGGACAAGUGGUCAGUUGUCUCAGCACACAAUCUAUGGCUAUCACAACCACAGACCCAAAGGAUCCCAGAUGCGAUCAUAUAGUAAACGUGAUGUACUGGAUCCAUCACCAUGA